GCAGGAUUUGUCGUGCUGACUGACCCGGGCGACGGUGCUGUGCAGCGUUAACGGUAGCUGUUUUUUUGGUUGUCGUUGUCAUUGUUGUUGUUCUGUGGGACGUUGACACAGGGCGAGCGAUGGCGGUGUUGCUAGAAGCGACGAUCCAUGUGUUUUUGUGGGUUCAUACGUCGUCGGAGUGGUACAAUGCGCUACAGCUGUAUUGUCUGCGAGAAGAACAAGGACACAAAUUGGGAGCACUGCAACGGGUGCGUACGAAAGCCGCGUGCAUCGCCUGUUACGACAUGGGGCGCGUUCUGGCUGGCGAAGUGGCUGUCACGGUGCAGGUCGCGAGCUCUGGAACAGGGCUGGGGAGGACGAAUUUCGAUAUGAUGCCCGCGUCGAUGAGUGGGAGAGCCCGCGGUGUGGCGUCCUGAUUCGGGGAGAGGAGGUGCGAAGAAGCCGAAGCGUCGCGCAUUGGACGGCGUGGGUGGGCAUUCCCUCGCGCGGGUGGCCCGCGAAGGCUGC